AACGCGGCCGGAUCAGCUGAGAGAGAGAGACGAGGAAGCCUUGCCAGGGAGGAGAGAAACUGCUACAGGGAGGAGAUAAACAGCAUUUUCCCGUCCCUUCGAGCUCACCCAGCACCUCUCACCCAUCCCACAGACCACCCAUAGCCGCCCACCAUGUCCGCCGGGUGUUGCGGGACCAAGAAGACCAAGCUAAAUGGUGGCCCCCAGAUGGCAAGGGAGAACCAGUCGGGCAUUGAACAACAGCCUCUUCGUACAUCAAUCAGGCACUGUUCCCACUCCAACUCAACCAAGGGACAAAAAUGCGGGUAUCCAUAUGGACAUUUGAACUCCUCAUCUGCCCGCAAUCGUUCCUACAGCACCAAGGUGUGCUGCUACAAUGGCACCACACCCACCACCAACGGCACGCUCCGGAAUGGCCUUAUCCCCAUUGCAAGUGCUGAGAUGUGCUUCUAUUGUUUUGACGUCCUGUACAGCCACCUCCACAACAUGGAGACCCCCAGCACCCCAGACUUCACCAAUGAGCCCUUCCCCCUGUUUGUAACAUGGAAAGUUGGAAAAGACAAGCGAUUACGAGGCUGCAUGGGGACAUUUAGCCAUAUCAACCUUCAUGCUGGUCUUAGAGAAUAUGCAGCUACCAGUGCAUUUAAAGACUCACGCUUCCAGCCAAUUGGUAGAGAUGAACUACCACGCCUCGGAGUUUCUGUGUCCAUCCUUCGCCAUUUUGAGGAUGGCCGUGAUUACAGGGACUGGGACAUUGGGGUUCAUGGCAUCCGCAUUGAGUUCCUAAAUGAGCGAGGAGCUAAGAGGACAGCUACCUAUCUGCCUGAGGUUGCUCCUGAACAGGGCUGGGACCAUGAACAGACCAUUGACUCUCUGCUCAGGAAAGGAGGAUACAAGGGACCGGUGAACACUGAGGUCCGGCGCAGCAUCAAGCUGACUCGUUAUCAGAGUGAAAAGAUAUCAGUUACUUUUCAGGAUUACAUGAGCUACUGGAGAAACCGCCGCUGCUAGCAUUUGCUGAACUCUAGGGAUGGAAGAUGCGGAAGCUUUGAGCCUGGGAGUGCCAAUGAGGGGAGCCGAGGCAGUGUCCUCUCACGAGGCCCUGAACUCACUGGUGUGCCUGAGCCAAACCAUCACCUCAGUCACCAGUACCCACAGCCCCCUUAUCAUUACCAUCAGAACAACCACAUAAUGACGCAACAUAACAAUAGUCAUCCACUCCUUGCUCAUAAUCACCACAAUCAUCUUUAUUAUCACCACAACAAUCCCAGGUCUCCGUCACCUCUCCACCUCCCUCAUUAUUCAGCUAGAGGCAGUAGUAGCAGCAGUAGCAGCAGUAUCAAUAGCAGUGGUAGAGCAUCAGCCACCAUCACCACCACCACAACUAACACCAACACUCCACCACUGGGUUUUGACGCAGUGGGUAACUCAGGACUUGGUGCAUCUCUCUUGUGCGUCACCACCUCAGGGCAUAAUGAGUUUGCUCUGUGCAGCCCCCCAAACCAGGACGGAGCACUGAUGAAUCACGGGGCUUGUCCCGCCUGGUGCUCUCACCACAGGACAGCCGCAGAGGGAGAGGGAUGCCUGGAUGGUCUGCGCAGAGCAUCCAACAGGCUGGCAGACUUUUUGAGGGGCCUUUUUAAUUCUUGAUGGUUGGUUUUAGUUAUUUUAGCUUAUUUGUUUAGUGUUGAGUGUCAUCUGUUUUGAGUUUGGCCCUCAGAUUAAUUUGUUUCAUAGUAAUUCUGUAUGGAAACCAAUUUCUAUUAGAGAUCAUGAAAGUGAAAUCAAUAGUCAAGAAACAUGUGUAUAGCUGCCCAGGAGUGUAGCAUCAUCUCAUAAAGCCUCAUCAUGAAUCAAAUACACAUGCUCAAAUUCACAAUGAGCUUGAUACUUGGAGAACUCAAGAAGACUGUGGUGAUUUUGGCUGCAAGCUAUCCAAAGUAUUAGUUACAGUGAAUACCUGUAUGAUGUGAUACAGUGGAAGAAAGUUGAAACUAAGCCUUUGAGGGUAGUCAAAUAGCAGUCAGCAAGACCCGUAAUUGUGUGUGGAGUCUGGAAGAAGUGGUCAGCUCACUCUGAUAAUAAACACAUUGAUUGAACAUCGACAACAGUUAACUUUAGUUUUAUAUAUAUAUACUUUCUUGAUGGUUUGUUUACAAUGUCAGUGAGCCCCGGGCUGGCCUUCCCACUCCCGUCCGUGUGUGUUGUGAUCACUGGGUAUUUUGACAACCCAACCACACCAGUCUUUCACAUUCAGCGGCUGACAAAACUCACAAGAUUGAUAAACCUCCAGUGUAACCUUACAAGAAGGUACUGCAAUUGCAUUGAACAGGCUGAAAGGUGUUCAGAAAGGAUACUUCUCUUGUGAAAAUAAUUCCAAGAAGGUAUGUACUGUAGUUUCAUAGUGGUGGAUGAACAUACAUGAAUGGUGCAACUCAGAGCUACUCGCAAUGCUCGUCUCCCAAUGAGGUUUGUUUGCCGCUUAUUUUAUAUCAGACUGCCUAGUCGUGAGCACCUUUUUGAUGCUCAUUUGUUACUUACUAGUGAAAGAUCUCAUGUACAGUGUUGUUGAUGAAGAAAACUUUACUCACCACCCAUUUAUGAACCAUAAUGCAUCAAGAUAUAUCAUUCAGUCAGAAUUGCAUGCUAUCAAAUUAUGAAAAGUGGUUCACAUAAAAAAAAACUGUGCUCCUAUUAACUAUUUUCAUGCAAACACCUUUUCACAUAAACCUUACAAGAGGGUACCAAGUGCAUCUCAGUGAUAACAUGUGAUAAACUAUACCAAAGGUGGCUUGCUGCAUAGGGCAGUUGUACUGAGUGCCAAGGAAAGGAAGCAAGGAAAACAAACAGCUCCAACUUCUUAUGAAGUGAUUAAUCCUCAUCCAUUUACACAUAAACUGAAUGGACAUGCCUGUGUGCAUUUUUCAGUAGGAUGACAUAGAUUAGGGUUAACAUUCCUGAAGAAUACCCAUGACUAAUGAAUGAUUUAUUCCAGCACUUGAAGUUUGUGUAGACUGGUAAUGAGAAAGUUUUGUGCUAUGAGAAUCACCGAUGAUAAGUGAAAACCAGUUCUGUCUGGGAAAUAUGUCACUUUUUAAUUGAUCAUUAUUUUGAGAAAGUAUGAAAUAAUUAUGUGAACUUGAAAUUCAACUUUUUUUCAUUUAACAAAAUGUUUCCUGGAAGGAAAUUAAUAGAGAAAAUUGAAAGCCUACAAAAAAAUGCAAAUAUAAAAAAAAAAUUAUAUAAAAAGUUGCCUGCAUGUAUGUAUAGAGGGAUAAAGGAUUAUGAUUGUAAAGUUUAGAUUAGUAUGGGAUAUUUAGGUUUGUUUGUGUGUUCAUAUUUUGUGUAUGCUAUAAUGCAUAAUCUCACCUUGGCAUGGACCUUUGUUUUAUGGUAGAGCAGAAAGAAGACAUGCACUGCUGUAUCACAUAGUUCCUGAUGGGUAAAUCUGGUCACAAAAAACAAUGUUUGCAUUGGUGCUUGAAACUUAUUCUUUGAUAGUAAUAGUAAUAGAUUGUGUCCUGACUGAGAUAAAGUAACAUAUAUCAUAAAAACUUUGAGAAGACACCAAAAAAAACACGUUCUUAUGAAAGUUAGCCUUAUCUUGAUGCCAACUGUACCUGAUUACUAUAUUAAAAAAGAGGAGCUUCUCAAUCACUAAUAUUUGCUUGCUCACUGCCAAGGCAUUAAUCGAUAUAAGUAUAUCAACAUUACACCGAUUCAGCACAGUAACAAUAGUUGAAGAAUAGAUAUCAUCAUUUCAUUGUCAUCAACUAUUAGUAUCAAGUUUUGAAAUUUAGUCUCUCUCUCUCUCUCUCUCUCUCUCUCUCUCUCUCUCUCUCUCUCUCUCUCUCUCUCUCUCUCUCUCUCUCUCUCUCUCUCUCUCUCUCUCUCUCUCUCUCUCAGUUGAUGACUCAGUUGAUGAAGCUUUACAAGUUAGAUGAAUACAGGAACAUAGAAAUAAAUCACAGAUGGCAUGGAACAGAUAAAGAAUGUAAAGAGAAGUAUUUCUUGCCAGUCUGUGCCACACAAGCAUACUAUCUUUAGUAAGUGAUGUGGACAAUAUCAUAUGUGACUAUGGCUAUUAUAGUGAAUUUAAUUUUUACAGAUUCUUAGCUUUCCUAAGAUUUCCAAGUAUUACUUUUGUGAAAUGCUGGUAAUUUUGACAUGUUGAAAAAGGUGCACUUUCAUAGUGAACAGCAAAUAGUAGUGUCAGGUUUUUCUUUUUCCAUUUUUGUAGAUGCUAUUUUAUUGUAUAUGACCUUACAUAGAGUGUAAGGUGCAAGUUGAGAGAGGGAGCCAAAACACUGCCAUUGUGUGUUUGUUUGUAUGUUGUUGAAGUUCUUAAACUAUACUCACUAGAGAAGUGGCUGAUUACUGUCAGUAGCAGGUCUCUUUAAGAGUGCUGUACAUACUCAAUCCAGCGUCCAGUCCCAGCACAUAGCAAGAAGAACAAGUACAUAAUGACAUGACUUGUAGAAGAUAACACUAAGCAGACGUUACUCCAGGGCAGAUUCCAAUAUGUUUUCAAGAAAAACAUGAGCAUCAGCAAAAGUUUUUCAUCAAUAAUGGCAUAGAUUUAUUUCAAGAACAGAAUAGAUGAAGUGGUGACCCUUGACAACCAUGUCCACACUCUUCUGUAAAUGUUAAGACUACUACUGGUAUUCUGUUUGUAUAACUUGUUUCAAUUAGUUAUUACUGUCAGUAUCCAUUAAAUUUUAAAUUUUCUAUAAAUUGAAGUUUAGUUUAUUUUGGCUGACACAAGGAAUGUUUGUUAUUACAUGUCCCAUCAAGAAGCCAACAAGAGAGUGUGAAAUUUAUUUUGUCUUCAUGAGGCCCACUUGUCAACUUAGAUGUUUAUUAGAAGAAUAAGUAUGAGAUGACCACUGGUUUUGUGGCCAGGUCUACCUAUCAUUGAGGCACUGAUGUUGCACAGUGGGUUGCUGUCACAGUGUGUGAGCCUCGGAUGAAGGUAAUAUCAGUGAUGCUUCAUUACUGUCAUACAUGUGAAGCCACAAGCAGAUGUGUAUAUGUAAGCUAACUAUCCUGGAAAAAAAAACAAAAAAAAAUUAACCCAGAUUUGUGUGCAUGUUAAAUUAAAAAUUAAGGCUACAGUUUAAAUUAAUGGUAAUUCAUUAACUGUAAGUUUUUGCCCUUCCAACAAGCCUAAAGUUUUGAUUUAGGAUCUUUUUUUUUUUUUUUUUUUUUUUUUUUUAAACUAUUAGGGUUUUCAUUUACAGUUACUGAAAGAAUACCAUUUGGCAGAAUUUAUAGAGCUUCACAUAUUGGAAUUCAAUAUAUUAGGAUGUAGAAUUGUUGAUUAUGUACUACCUAACAUUUUUUAUAUGUUAAAAAUACCCAAUAGUACUGAUUGUUUGUUCCAAAAAGGAUAAUGCAUUUGGAAACAUUUUAUGUAUUUGAGAGGAUUGUCAUACUUUAAGAAAUAACUUAUGGUUUUGAUAGUUGCAUUAUGGAAAGCAUAACAAAAAUUGGCAAAUACUGUGUUUUUACCAUGUAAUUUUCAUUUAUUUAUUUUUUUAUACUAUUUAGUUGCCCUCUUCCAGAGAGGGUUCCUCUGAAAAGUUACCUUGUUUUUUGGAGAGCUGUGAGGAGCAGCUCCUCAGUAGUGGUGUGGUAGCUACUUCUGGGGUAGCUCAGAUACCUUGAGGGAUCUCCUGAGUCAGGAUUGUUGUCUGUGCUAAAUUUAUUGUAUGAAAAUAACAAAAUUUCAGCUUUUCAUGGCAAGCAGACUCGUAUUGUGAAUAUGUUUCCUUAUUCUUUCAUUUAGGCAUGUAUGUAUAGUUUAUCCCACUGCAUGGCAACUGAAUAUGAAUCUAUAAUACAUUGUUAGAUAUAGCAUUGGUACAAAGCAGUUCAAAAGGAAAGUAUAAUUAUGAUUAAUCUAAUUUACAUUACAUUAGCAGAAACUAAAUGGAGCACUAUUGUGGAAAUUUCAGUAUAUGUAUUUUGUUCUACCAUAAUGCUUUAUGGUAAAUUACAGAAAAGCUCUUUAUAUAGCAUUUGAAUCCAUAAACUGAGACACCAUUUUCCAAUAGUCCAAUAAAUUUGCAAAAUUAGAACACAGGUACUACUCAUGUACUAAAUGCAUUAUGAUAACAAAAAGAUUUAUUAUAGUAAUGUUUAUUUGGGGGGAAUAUGUGGUCAUAAUGAAGUACUUGUAGUUCCAGGAAGUGUGUGUGCAAGUUACUGAUAGAACAGCUGGGCCUUUCAGCACUAACAUGACUCAGUGAGUAAGGUUGCAUGUGCAUUAAGUUUGCUGUCCUGUGCUACAGGAGUCUUGAAUUCAGGUGCCUUCUGCCAGCCUGGGGACCUCUGGGCAACUCCACAAACACAACUGCCUCACAUAAUCUAAUGGAAUUUCAGAACUCUUGAAAUGUUUUAAUGUAAAAGACUGUGCCGAGUUUCUAAUUUUAAAACGUUUAGGUAUCAUUCAGGAACAGAAAACUUGUACACUUUGGAGACUUAAUCUUCUAUGGAGGAUUAUCGUUUUGUUUCUGGAGAAGUCCAUUAUUGUACUAUAGUGGAGGCUGUGAAGGAAUUGUUCAUUCUGAGUUGUACAUAGUCCUUCAAUAAGGGUAAUUUUUUUCAAAUUGCAGAUAGUUAUAAUGCCUUAAAAGGACCAUCAAUGCAGCUUGUAAUGACUGUUCAAUUCACAGUGAUUAUCAUAAGUGAAUAAUGUGUCUGAUGCAAGUACUACUGUAUUCUUACUUUUAGCUAUGUAAAAAAAGAAAAAAAAAAAUUAUUUGAUUUUAACUUUGUGCCAUUGUUAGAGAAAAAUAACAGUAUGAAAAUUGUCCUUUUGAGAAAUAAUGGCAGUGGUGUCUAAUGAAUAUAAUUCUUCCCUGAGCCAGUAGAACUUGAAUCUACAGUAUGCAAGGAAAUUUUUUAUCCUAUGGUUUGAAUGACAGCAUUAAUUGUAAGUAAAUGUUGUAUGAAGUUAAACAACUUUUGCAUUUUAUAUAGAACAUCUAGCAUAGAUUUCACAGGUAGCAGCAGUUAUUGUAAAUCACAUAUAGAAUCUCCAUUGAAAAUAAUAAACCCCUUUUUCACUA